AUGUCAAAUGUCCGUCGGAGGGUUGUCGUCUCGCAUCGUUCCGGUACUGCACGCCGAGGUCCUGCGCCCUCCACUAAGCGGGGGAUCUCUCGGAAAAAGAAAUCUACCGCUAAACCCCAAGGAUUAUACGUUUAUCAUGAGCCCCAGUUUUCUCCUAAUCCGCUCCCUCUCUGCGAAACAGUAUCUAUAACAACUCUGCAUGUAAUUCGGAUAGACAUGAAUCUAGUAGGGCUUCCUGAGGGAGAAAAGCGUUUCGUGAUGAAUCUCCUGAAGCAGCGUGAAGAGCUACAAGAUCUCUACUUUAAACGACUACAGAUGGUCAAGCAAUAUUUAAACGAGUACAACCACUGUCACAAGUAUCGUGAGAUGCUUCAACAGUGCGCACGACAGCAGUUUAUAGAACCUCGGGAUGCACCAAACCUUAGUGCCAACUUACGGCCCCUUUCUGAAGAAUCUGUUGAUACAUUUAUUGGAGUGCUAACGCGGUAUAGUUAUUACACAGUUCGCUUGAUUUCACUGAUCCAUUAUCUCCGUAAGGAGCUGGAUGCACCCGUGGGACUACCCCAAUUAGCGCCUGUCCAAAGCAUUUAUCAAUCUGAGUGGUACCGUCUUGUACGAGACAAUACUCUUUAUGCUCCAGGCAUCGCAGAAAAGAUAUUCUACCUUGCGAGGUUUUGUGGCAGCGCAGGUUCCGUUGUAGACGCUCGGAGACAAAUUCACGAUUACAUGAGAGACCAUUCAACACAAAUAGCCAAGAAAGGCAACAAAUUCGGAUUGUAUCAGGAUCCCUUUACUGACUUCUAUCUUAGACUUCUGCUUAACGCCCCAUAUAGCACCUUGAAUGAACAGCAGGGGUACACAUCGGUAACUACAUCAUCCCUGUCUCCUCCUCGAACGGAUGGCACGGUAGAGCUAAACACUCGUCCGAUCCCAGAUCUUAUUACCCGGUGGAACGCAUAUUUGUGGUCUCAUCCAAGUGCUUACCUUCCUAAGGAGCGGAUGAACUCCUUACAAUUUCGGCCCCUGACGGGCUCUGAGUGCCUGCAGUUUAUAGCUAACGAGGAGCAGACCCUCUCGAAAUAUGUGUAUGAACGCAGAGGAGACAAGGCGUUUGUCAAUAAGAACAUGAGCCUGCGGACAGUUAUAAUCCCUAUAGACCCCGCAGCUGAAUAUCGAGAGGCAUAUCUAGUUGAUACAACUACAGAAGUAUAA